UCAAAAAAGGCAUGAAAAUCUCUGGUGCAGCUAUCACUACAGUUUGUCUCUCAAAUUCAAACAAAACCCAGUGUAAGUGUGAGAAUCAAUACGUUUGGUCCUCUGAACAAUGCUCUAAACAUGGUGUUUGUGGCCCCAGUCAAAAUGAUACCUGCAGAUGCAUCACUUCUCUUCCAGCUGACGGGGCGUUCUGCCGGCCACCACCUGGUAAAGAAGUUGCUAAAAUACAAGCUAAAAAUUCAUCUUUGCUGUCCCAUACGUUCAACCAUAAUCCCAACAACAAUAAGUGUAUCUACACCAUCAGUGCCAACAGCAACAAGUACCACAGCAGCAACAACACCAAAACCAGUAACAACGCCGAAACCAGUAACAACACCAAAACCAGCAACAACACCGAAACCAGCAACAACGCCGGAACCAGUGACAACACCAAAACCAGCAACAACGCCGGAACCAGUGACCACACCAAAACCAGCGACAACAUCAAAACCAGCAACAACGCCGGAACCAGUGACAACUCCAAAACCAGUAACAACUCUGAAACCAGCAACAACACCAAAACCAGCAACAACGCAGAAACCAGUAACAACACCAAAACCAGCAACAACGCAGAAACCAGCAACAACACCAAAACCAGUAACAACACCGAAACCAGCAACAACUCCAAAACCAGCAACAACACCGAAACCAGCAACAACACCGAAACCAGCAACAACUCCAAAACCAGCAACAACACCGAAACCAGCAACAACACCGAAACCAGCAACAACACCAAAACCAGCAACAACACCAAAACCAACAACUCCGAAACCAGCAACAACUCCGAAACCAGCAACAACUCCGAAACCAGCAACAACUCCGAAACCAGCAACAACUCCGAAACCAGCAACAACUCCGAAACCAGCAACAACUCCGAAACCAGCAACAACUCCGAAACCAGCAACAACUCCGAAACCAGCAACAGCACCGAAACCAGCAACAGCACCGAAACCAGCAACAGCACCGAAACCAGCAACAGCACCGAAACCAGCAACAACUCCGAAACCAGCAACAGCACCGAAACCAGCAACAGCACCGAAACCAGCAACAACACCGAAACCAGUAACAACACCAGAACCAGCAACAACGCCGAAACCAGCAACAGCACCGAAACCAGCAACAAAGCCACCAACAGCAAGACCGUAAAUCGUCAGAUGUCACUGUCAAUGGACGAGACUUAUGAUGCAAGCCUGAAUAACCAGAACAGUGACAAAUUCAAGAAAUACAAAGAGGAUAUUGAGAAGGCAAUUCGUAGCAGCUACAACAAUGUAAAAGGUUUCCUUUCUGCUACUGUCACUGGUUUUAGGCCUGGAAGCGUGAUCGUAGACUUCGUUAUUAAGUCAUCUGAGGAGAUAAAGACUUCUGAGGAGUUAAGCCAAGCACUACAGACCAACAUGAAAGACCUCCAUUUCAAUAUUGAUCCACUUUCAGUCGCUCAAACUGAUAACAAAUACAUGCGGGAAAGAGACGCUGUGUUUCCGGAACAAGAUAUGACACUCUCCUGCCCUGCCACCAACCAACUUGGAACUGUAGACUGGAGAUUUCAAGGAGACAUAAUACAGCCAAGCAGUCAUUAUAUUUUCUCACAAGAUCAUCUCUACCUCACAGUCAAGCGUGUUAACAUCGGUGAUAAUGCUGUCACAUGCUAUAAUGACAUAUAUGGUUUUGGAAAAGUUGAUGACACUGCUAUAGGAGACUGUGAGAAAGACAAAGUUGGCUUUAGAGAAGGAGUGUGUGGUUCUGAUGGCUUAUGGGAAACUGUAAAGGACACCUGUGUGCUUCGUAUCAUUGAUCAACUGGAACAGGAAUCACAGGGUUUAGAUGCUGAAACGUUAACAGAUUUUGUGGAUAAAGUGAACAAUGCCACCGAAGACAAUGAAGGAGCAAUAGUUCAAUCUGAAGCUACAGUUUCAGCAAUGGUGGAAAUACUUAACAAUAUUGCAAAUGUCUCUCAAACUGUUAUGCUGGAUGAAGGUGUCAUAGAGAAUUUCCUCAGUAUAGUGGAUGCCAUUUCAUCAGAGACAGUGAAACCUGUAUGGGAACAGCUAAAUUCAAAUGGCGAAAGCCAAGGCAACAGCUCUCAACUCCUGAAUGCCAUUGAAAUUAUUAUAAAAUCAACAUCAGACACCAAUUUCAACAUAACCAGUCCAACCAACUCAUUCCUGUUCAAAAAAGUAACAACAUCCGAAGACUUCAGGGAAGUAUUAAAGCUCAACUCAACAGCUGAAAUAAUCAUCCCGGAUAUUGCAUCUAGUCAUAAAAACGUUACAAUCACAGCAGUGGCCUUCUCCUCCCUGGGCAACGUUAUGCCUGCAAGAAACCGUACCGAUAACCAAAAUACAACUGAAAAUGUCAUCAACGGACUGAUUGUUGUAGUGAAUACAAGCGUAUCUAUCAACAACAUACAGCUAAACUUUGAAAAACUCAGAAAUUCGGUAACUCUAAAUAAUAAUUCAGUAAACCUAGGGAACCCCCAAUGUGUUUUCUGGGAGUUCAACCUUUUUAAUAGCUCCGGAGGAUGGGACUCAACGGGAUGUGAGGUCAUACGGGUAAACAGCAGUGUCACAUGUCACUGUAAUCACACCACUUCGUUUUCAUUACUGAUGUCCCCUUUUGCUCCUGACGAUCUUGCUUUGUCUGUCAUUACAUACGUUGGUGUUGCUAUUUCAAUAGCAAGCUUGGUUGUGUGCCUUAUCAUCGAAAUAAUCAUCUGGAAGGAAGUAUCUAGAAACUCUACAUCACACGUUCGGCAUACAUCCUUAGUCAAUAUUGCUCUUUCUCUCCUGAUCGCUGACAUAUGCUUCAUUAUCGGCGCUGCUAUCGUAAAGCCUGGAACGGACUUUACUAACUCAUGUAGCGCUGCAGUGUUUUUCACCCACUUCUUCUACCUGUCACUGUUCUUCUGGAUGCUGGUCUCAGCCCUUCUUCUCCUCUACCGCACCACAAUGGUCUUCUCUCAAAUUUCCAAAUCGGUCAUGAUGGCAUUAGCCUUUCUUUUGGGCUACGGUGCACCUCUCCUCAUCUCGGUUAUUACCGUCGCCUCCACUGCUGGAAAUAAGCACUAUGUCACACAGAAUGAAGCAUGCUGGCUGAACUGGGACCAGUCCAAGGCCCUUCUGGCUUUUGUCCUACCAGCUCUGGUCAUUGUGGCUGUCAAUAUAAUAAUUGUGAUAAUAGUUUUGGUGAAAAUGCUCAGGAGGGGAGUGGGAGAGAACAACAGAGACGAAAAGAACACCUUGGUGACGAUUCUCAGAUGUGUGGCCAUUUUGACGCCCAUCUUUGGCAUCACUUGGGGUCUUGGCUUGGGCAUCAUGAUAGAGCCUAAAGCUUUGGCCAUCCACUACUUGUUUGCAAUCUUCAACUCCUUGCAGGGCUUCUUCAUACUGGUCCUUGGGACACUGAUGGAAAAGAAGGUUCGGGAGGCACUUAAAAGAAGAUUGAGAAUCACUAGAGGCACUGGAUCUCAUGCCACACAUACUUCAAGCUCUGGUGCCCAUUCCUAUGGCAGAAGCAGUUCUUCCAACAGAACGACUCUUACAGAUGUUUUCAACACUCUUUUGAGAAGAGUGAGGCAUGCUGGGGCAAAUUCCUCACACAACUCUGGAGCAUCAGAAAGUUUUCUAAACGCUUAG